GGAAGGGAGGCGUUUGGGCUGCCUCUAGGAGACGCUCCGAGGCUCAUCGGGGCCACGGUCUGGCCGUGGGCCGUCUAGGACCGGAGGGGGGUGGGGUGGAAGGUUAGAGGCGGCCUGGGUGUCCGGGGAGGGGGGUAGGGCGUGAGGAAAGAGGUAAUGAAGUUAACAUAAAGAGAAAACCUAGUUAUGCUUGUAAGGAAUCAGACCAGUGACAGGGAUUUGGUGUGAAAAUGGGUAUCCUUGGAGGGGAGAUUUAGAGUUGAGGGCGAGGUCCGAGUGUGGAGAAUGGGGUUACGUUAACGUGAAAAGGAGUUAAACCAAAGGGGGGUGGAUACCACUGGAAUGGGCUGAGAGGAGUCUCUGUGCAUAGGGUUAUGUUAUGUCAAAAGGGUGGGUGUCCCCAGGAUAGGUUGGGUAGAAGUGAUGUUUUGAAAAGUAGGGAAUUCGGUCAGAUGAAGAGUAGGAAUUGGGUAUGGGUGUGCUGAAUGGGGGAGGGUCUUGGUAUCUCUGGAAUGAGAAUGAGAUGUUAGGUUGACAAGAAGUUGGGGGUCUGGGUAUCCCCAGGGUAAUAAGCUGGUGAGAGGGUUCUGGGUGUAAGGAAGAGGGGUUUGGCCAUCCUCUGGGUUGGGGGCUGGAGGGAUUCGUCAUAAUAGUAAGAUAGGGUCUGAGUAUUUCUAAAGGCGUUUGGGGUAGUAGGAAAAGUAUGUGUGAAAGUUUUAAGGCUUUGUGAGGGGUAGUCUGGAUAUUCCUGGAUUGGGUUAGAGUACGUGCUGGGAUCUUUCUGCAAAGCAGAGAAACUAAGUUGUUAAUGAAGAGGGGGUCUGAUUAUCGCUGGAGCGGGUUAGGGUGGGGUUUGGCCUUUUUGCAAAGAAGAGGGGCUUAGGUUGAUACGAAGAGGGGAUCUGGGCGUCCCUAGAUGGGUUAGGGAGGGAGGGUGGGGUCUUUUUUGCAAAUAAGAAAAUACUAGGUUAAUAAUGCAAAAGGCGGUCUGGGUGUCCCUGGCGUGGGUUUGUAAGGAAGGGUUUAAGUUGAUGUGAAGGUGGUAUCUGGGCAUCCCUGAGAUGGGUUAGGGUGGGUCAUUUUGUAAAGAAGAGGAGCUGAAGUUGACAUGAAGAGGGGUGUGGGUAUCCCCAUAGUGGUUGGGGUGGUUGUGUAUGAAGAUGAGGCAUUUAAGUCAAUGUGAAGAGGGGAUCUGGGUACCGGAGAGGACAUAAGGAUUGUAGGUGAGGUCUCAGCGUAAAGAAGAGGUAAUUUCGGUGAAGAGUGUCUUGAAUUAGGGUGGUGAGUAGAAUCCAGGUGUGAAGAAAGGGUUAGGUGUUUUUGAAAUGGGGCUGGGUAAUCUGGAUAGGGGGUUGGGUUGUAGGAGGGGGCUUUGGUAUAUAGAGAGAAAUUUGAAGUCGGGGAUCUGGGUAUCAUGGGGAGUGGUGAAGGGGGGAAAAGUGUAAAAUGCGAUGGGUUAGGCCAACAUGAGACAAGUUGAUUGAGGCAAGGGAGAGUUUGAGGAGUCUGGGCACCAGAGGGAGAGACCGUGUAUACUAGAGGUUGGGGGUAAAGGAGAGGGACUGUACCCUGUGAAGGCUCUGAAAGUGGCGGGCCCCUGUGGCAGUCCUCUGGGUGUAAACAGAAGUCAGGAACCUGGGGGAGGGAACAAAGGGGGAGUGAGGCUGGGAGAAGUGACAGCGGUCAGGGCCUGUGAGGACGCUCCCGGGCACCUGGGAGCGGGAAUGGGGUAGCGAGUUGGUAAGAAGGAGAAGUCAGUGGAAGGAGGUUUGAGUGGAGAAGACACGGGCUCCUGUGUGAUGUGCGUGGCUGUGGGCCAGCUGCGAGGCACGGGAGGUGAGGGGUUGGACAGGUUAUAAGGAUCUGGUGGGUGGAGUUCGAUGCGUGUUGGUUCAGAGCCCAGGGCCUCACUGCCACCAUGACUGAGGAGUCGGAGGAGACUGUCCUGUACAUUGAGCACCGCUAUGUCUGCUCUGAGUGCAACCAGCUGUAUGGAUCCCUGGAGGAGGUGCUCAUGCACCAGAACUCCCAUGUGCCUCAGCAGCACUUUGAGCUGGUGGGCGUGGCUGACCCUGGAGUCACUGUUGCCGCAGAGGCAGCUUCCGGCACGGGCCUCUAUCAGACCCUGGUGCAGGAGAGCCAGUACCAGUGCCUAGAGUGCGGGCAGCUGCUGAUGUCGCCCAGCCAGCUCCUGGAGCACCAGGAGCUGCACCUGAAGAUGAUGGCCCCCCAGGAGGCAGUGCCAGCCGAGCCACCACCCAAGGCACCUGCCCUGAGCUCUAGUACCAUCCACUACGAGUGUGUGGAUUGCAAGGCUCUCUUCGCCAGCCAGGAGCUCUGGCUGAACCACCGGCAGACGCACCUCCGGGGCACUCCCACCAAGCCUCCGGCCCCGGUUGUCCUGGGGUCCCCGGUUGUCCUGGGGCCCCCUGUGGGCCAGGCCCGCGUGGCUGUGGAGCACUCAUACCGCAAGGCAGAAGAGGGUGGGGAGGGGGCCGCUGUCCCUUCUGCUGCUGCCACCACCGCUGAGGUGGUGACUGAGGUGGAGCUGCUCCUCUACAAAUGCUCCGAGUGCUCCCAGCUCUUCCAGCUUCCGGCCGACUUCCUGGAACACCAGGCCACCCACUUCCCUGCUCCUGCCCCGGAGGCCGAGGAGCCUGCCUUGCAGCAGGACACCCUGACUCCGUCCCCUGCAGAGGCGCCCGCGCCUCAGCCUGAUCCCCUGCCGUCCUCUGACCACAGUUACGAGCUGCGCAACGGUGAAGCCGUUGGGCGCGAUCGCCGGGGGCGCAAGGCCCGCAGGAACAACAGCGGAGAGCCGGGCGGGACGGCCGCCCAGGAGCUCUUUUGCUCCGCCUGUGACCAGCUCUUUCUCUCCCCUCACCAGCUACAGCAGCACCUGCGGAGUCACCGGGAGGGCGUCUUUAAGUGCCCUCUGUGCAGUCGUGUGUUCCCCAGCCCUUCCAGUCUGGACCAGCACCUUGGAGACCACAGCAGCGAGUCUCACUUCCUGUGCGUGGACUGCGGCCUGGCCUUUGGCACCGAGGCCCUCCUCCUGGCCCACCGGCGAGCCCACACCCCGAAUCCUCUGCAUUCGUGUCCGUGCGGAAAGACGUUUGUCAACCUCACCAAGUUUCUGUAUCAUCGGCGUACGCACGGGGCGGGGGGUGUCCCUCUGCCCACAACACCAGUCCCGCCAGAGGAGCCUGUCGUUGGUUUCCCUGAGCCAGCCGCAGCAGAGACUGGAGACGCAGACGCCCCGGAGCCCCCUGUGACCGAAGAGAGCCCGGGAGGGCCCGCCGCCCCAGGCACCUACCGCUGCCUCCUGUGCAGCCGCGAAUUUGGCAAGGCGUUGCAGCUGACCCGGCACCAGCGUUUCGUGCACCGGCUGGAGCGGCGACACAAGUGUGGCAUCUGCGGCAAGAUGUUCAAGAAGAAGUCUCACGUGCGGAACCACCUGCGCACGCAUACGGGCGAGCGGCCCUUCCCCUGCCCGGACUGCUCCAAGCCCUUCAACUCGCCCGCCAACCUGGCACGCCACCGGCUCACGCACACGGGGGAGCGGCCCUACCGAUGCGGGGACUGUGGCAAGGCUUUCACGCAGAGCUCCACCCUGAGGCAGCAUCGCCUGGUGCACGCCCAGCACUUCCCCUACCGCUGCCAGGAGUGCGGGGUGCGUUUCCACCGCCCCUACCGCCUGCUCAUGCACCGCUACCACCACACGGGCGAGUACCCCUACAAGUGUCGCGAGUGCCCCCGCUCCUUCUUGCUGCGCCGGCUGCUGGAGGUGCACCAGCUCGUGGCCCACGCUGGGCGCCAGCCCCACCGCUGCCCGUCCUGCGGGGCCGCCUUCCCUUCCUCGCUGCGGCUCCGCGAGCACCGCUGCGCGGCUGCUGCCGCACAGGCCCCGCGGCGCUUCGAGUGCGGCACCUGCGGCAAGAAAGUGGGCUCGGCUGCCCGGUUGCAGGCGCACGAGGCGGCGCACGCGGCUGCCGGGCCCGGAGAGGUCCUGGCUAAGGAGCCCCCUGCCCCUCGGGCCCCUCGGGCCGCUCGCACGCCUGUGGCCGCCCCGACCGCCUUGGGGGGUGCGGCCCCCGCGGCCCCCGCGGCCCCGGCCCGACGCCGGGGCCUGGAGUGUAGCGAGUGUAAGAAGCUGUUCAGUACAGAGACGUCGUUGCAGGUACACCGGCGCAUCCACACGGGCGAGCGGCCGUACCCGUGUCCAGACUGCGGCAAGGCCUUCCGCCAGAGCACCCACCUGAAGGACCACCGGCGCCUGCACACAGGCGAGCGGCCCUUUGCCUGCGAGGUGUGUGGCAAGGCCUUCGCCAUCUCCAUGCGCUUGGCAGAGCAUCGCCGCAUUCACACGGGCGAGCGGCCCUACUCGUGCCCAGACUGUGGCAAGAGCUACCGCUCCUUCUCCAACCUGUGGAAACACCGCAAGACCCACCAGCAGCAGCAUCAGGCCGCUGUGCGCCAGCAGCUGGCAGAGGCGGAGGCCGCCGUGGGGCUGGCCGUCAUGGAGACUGCGGCAGAGGCGCUGCCCCUGGUGGAGGCCAUCGAGAUCUACCCUCUGGCUGAGGCCGAGGGGGUCCAGAUCAGCGGCUGACCCCGUCCCUUCUCCCCCUUCAGCACCGCCAUGUCCCGUUGCUGAAGAACCUCCUCCAGCAUCCCCUCAAAUCUGUAGAUACCGUGCCCCUCUCUCCAUCUCUCCCAAUUGCCGUGUAAGUUCUGUAACUGGAUUUAUUCUCUCUUGUGAGGGGGUUGCUCUGGGGUCCUUGAUGUGCGUAAAGGUGCCCCCCCCCCCACCUUCCACCUUUUAGCACUGGUGGUCCCAAGAUGGAACAGUCAAUAAAGACUGAGUUGGACGUU